UCAGGCAGGAACCCCUGUUUUCAUGAUAAUGAUUAUCGGUAUCACUUAAAGAUCGAUGGUUUCUGAGAUCCUCCUGGCAUCAGACCAGCCUGGCUCUGGAUGCAGCAGCCACGGAGGCAUCCAUACCCUUGAUGGUCUUCCUCCCUCCUUCCUCUCUCCCUUCCUCCUUCCUCUUUAUUCUGUUCAAAGCACUGAAACCUUAAAAAAAAAAAAAAAAGCCAAAUUACAUUUUCCAAUGUGAGCUACUUUCUGCUCUCAUUAACUACAUCCUCGGUGACUUGGCCGGACUCUGCUGCCAGCUUGACGGAGGUGGGAGGCUCUGUGAGUCAGAGGUCCCUCGGGCCCAUCACCGGGGCAGUGUCAAGGUCUCUCCCAAGGACACGGAGAUGAAAACAGCAGAGGAGCCAACCCCAAGUCUUGGGCAGACCCUGGAAUGGCUGAGAAAGGAACUGGCUGAGAUGCAGCUCCAGGACCAGCAGCUGCUGCUCACGCUCAGGCAUCUGCACAGGGUCCUGGAGGAGCUUCGGGCUGAGACCGCCCACUGGGAGGACACCAGGUCCAGCGCAGGGACCUCCCCGAUCAGAGCUCGGACAGGAUCCGAGGGCAGGGGCUGCCCGUCUGUCUCCUCGAGGCAGCUGGCCCAGCUCCGAGCAGAAGAAAGCAGACGGAGCUCCCUCCCUUAACUGGCCAGAGAUGACAAUGGACUUACACCCUCCCGCUCCAGUCUAAGGUGACUCCGGUGUUUCAGUGGGGAGAGCAUCCAAAUGGGAGUCAGGAAGCCAGACUCUGAGUUCAUCUCUGUCCCCAUCCUCUGUGUGUCCCUGCACCUAUCUGUCCACGUCUCUGUGUCUCUGGUUCCAUUUCUGUCAUGUAUUAGAGGUUUCUUGUGAGGCCCUGGUAAGUUACUGGCUGUGAACACAUUUUGAAAACACUACCAGGGUAUAUGGCUCUGGCAAGUACCAGAGUGGCCAUCCUAUUCUUGGGAAUUUCCCACAAGGCAGCGGUUCAAAGAAGGAACUGGCUAUGUAAAGAUGGCACCCAAGGGACGCCAUGGUGAGAAAUCAAACCCUGUGUAGUGCUUAGUGACUGUCUUCUAUUUUCUCAGCAUGUCUUCCUGUUCCCCUUCAUCUGAUGAUAACAGGCCCUCUUGCCACCCUGGCCUUAGAGCUGGGCAUGUUGUUAGGGCUGGCCCAUUAUUUAAUUUAUAGUUGCCCUUAUGCUAUUGGCCCAGUGGGUGGGCAUGUGACUCAACAGAGCC